AUGUCCAGUCAACUUGAAAGUAUCCUUUAUGAAGUGAAGCCAUGAAAGCCAUAAAAAUGCGCUAUAUUGCUUAAAAUUUGUUGCAUGUCUUGACUAUAUAAUCCUGUUUUGUUUAUAUACUGUAGUUGUAUAUAUAUCUACAUGUGUAUUACCAUAUUGUAGUCACCAUAAUUGUCCAGCCUGUUUUUGGCUAGCUUCCCCUAUCCCUUUGUAAAACAUAGACAAAUUAAGUUUUGCAUCUUUUGAGGAAAUUACUGUAGGUUUAUAAAAAACAAUGUCUGACAGUAUGAUAUUGGAAAAUUUAAUAUUUUUGUGUUAUUUUCCUUUACUGGAUUAUUAAACUACAGAACACUUAUUUAAUUUAAAGGUAAGUUGUAUGAAACAUAUAUAAUCGAUAUCUCUUUCUAUCAAAAUUCUUGCAAAGCACACUGGUGGUAGCAGUCACACACCUGUAUGCAGGAUAUAGAUUUAUGUCUCGCUGUUUAUGAGUUAAGGUUAGUGGUUAGCGUCAGGAUGGGGAUUAGUAAAUAGCGAGACAUGAAUCUAUAACCCACCUGUAUGGAACGACACUCUUCUGUGUACCCGACAUCCUGCAAAAUGUGCACCAAUUACUAGUAAAUAUAUUAGCAAAGCAAGCUUACUACAUGUAGUCUGCAGCCCUAUCACAUGUGCACACCAAAUGAAUAUAACUGGAAUGCUACCUCCAACCGGAAAUUUGAAGCCAAACUUGAAGGCCAGUCCCAGUCUUUUCACAUAUGUGAAGAGCGUUCAGUCAGUCAAUCAUGAUAUAAACAUGCAUGUCUUGACCUCCAGACACCCGUGUCUGUAGGUCAGAUGUGGCUUCAAGGAAAAGAUAGGGAGUUUAUCUGAAGGUAGUGUUCCAAUUAUAUUCAUUUCAAUGUGCAUGAGGCAUGUUACUGUUGUUUGCAUCUACAGGUACAUAUAUUGCCUAUUCUCGUGUAGGGUUGGGUGAUAUUUUGAUAUAUCGAGAUAUUUUCAAUCACGAUUAUCGUAUCGAAGGUAGAAACUUGAGCGACGAUAUAUCGAAAUUAUCGUCAUGCUCGUUGACCAUCGUGAUAUUGCUUCGCAUGUGUGUAUAGCUUUUAUAAAAUCCUAAAAAAUUCCUUCAAUUCCUAGAAAAUAUAGUUUUUAAAAUAAUUAAAACUAUCCCCUGAGUUAAAUAUGAAUUUAAUACGAUACAAAAGCUAAUAUUUAUGUAUUAAUCUGCUGAACAAUGAAAUUGCAGGCUUUGCUUGCGCUGUGUGCCCAUGGCAUUUGUGCCUGCGGAGACACAGUAGACACUGCAUAGACAGUUCAGGUUUAUGAACAGUAAAUACUAGACUACAAAAGCCUUCUUAUUACUUUAAUUUGUUGUUUUACUUGCUUUUAAUAAGAUUAUAUAUAAGCUUACUAUGCUUGGAUAUUAAUUAAAAUUCAAAAAUGUGGUCAUUGUUUUAAUAUUGCAUUUAUCGCGAUAUUAUCGAAUAUCGGGAUAAUUUCCUCCACAAUAAUCGUGAGAUGAUUUUUUUAAUAUCGCCCAACCCUAUUCUCGUGUGAAACUUCAAAGUAUGUAAUAAACAUUUGAAGGUUUCAAUGAGCUCAAGAUUCCUCAGAUUUCCAUAAUCUCAAUUUUCACCACAUAAUUUCUGUUUAGUUUGCUGCCAAACAACUGCAGAGAAAUGCCACAAAGUGUGAAAAAGAGGAGAAAGCAGAAAAAGCAAAAAUUAAGAAGGUAUUUAAAGUCAAGUCAUCUCCUUGUACAAAACCUUGGUGAUGACCCCCCUGAAUCAGUUGACAUCAGUUAAAUCAAAGCAUGUUAAAUCAAUCAUUUAAAUCAAAGCAUGAUGAAUGAUGGUCUGUUAUUCAGCGUUGAUUGUGACUUGAUAAAGAUUUUUGAUUUAUUUAGGCAAUACAAAAAGGAAAUAUGGAGGGAGCCAGGAUCCAUGCAGAAAAUUCAAUUAGACAAAAGAGCCAAGUAAGAUGUAUACCUUUAAAGAAUUAUAAUACAAUAUCAUUACAUAGACAACUUGCAUGUUAGACUAAUUUUUUAUCUACGGCAUGCAAAAAAAAAAGUAAAUUCCUGUAAAAAACUUAUUAAAAUUAGUAAAAGUGCAAAAUUUGAUUACAAAAUGUUGUAAAAUAUGGAAAAUGUGAACAUUGCAAGACUAUAUUUUCCAAGCUUUGUAUCAUUUUGCAACCAAAUUUUGCAAUUUUACUCAUUUCAUUAUAUUCUUUUUAGCUGUGGUGUUUGAUUCCCUUUAGCUGUGGUGUUUGAUUCCCUUUGACACUUUACUUAGAUUAAAAUUUAGUCUAACAUGCAAGUUGUCCAUUUUCUUGAGAAUUUUGUAAGAAUUCAUCUAAAUGCUUCUUUAUAAUUUAUAAUUUAUUAAUUAUCCAAUAUCACAUAUUUUAUUUUAGGCUCUGAAUUAUUUACGUAUGGGCUCUCGAAUUGAUGCUGUUUCACAAAGAGUACAAACAGCCGUCACCAUGAAACAGGUGAGGUUUAUUAAAAUAGAGCACAGUCUAUCUCUUGUUCAUUUUACCAGGAGAUAUGGUAUAGCUAGACCCCAGCAAAAACACGUUCAUAGGUUUAACCAGGAGAGAGCUAGCUUGGAAAUGGGAUCCCAUAAAGGUGUGGACCCUUACUCUCACACUUAUGUAAUUUCUUGAAGGGGGUGGGGGUGGUGCUUACUCCCGGAAAACUGCAAUUCCAUAUCAACCAAAUUUGCAUGGCCACAAGAGAUUUGCUUGUUAAUGGUCAGUCUUAUUUUUAGGUGACAGGAUCGAUGUCUGGUGUGGUCAAAUCAAUGGAUGCCGCAUUAAAGUCGAUGAACUUGGAAAAGGUACAAUUAUUCUACUCUAGUUUCAUGGAUCAUUUAGUUGUGGUGAAUAUAUAUAGAAAUUAUAGAAGAUUAUUUAUUAAUUAUUUCUUAUUCUUUAGGUUUCAGCAUUAAUGGAGAAGUUUGAGAAACAAUUUGAAGACUUAGAUGUACAGUCUGGUGUCAUGGAGCAUUCAAUGUCCAACAGUGUCACAACUUCCGUACCUCAAGUAUGUAAUACAGGCAGAUUGACAACAUUGACUGCCCUUUUGUUGAGAACUGCAAAUAUUCAGUUACCUCUCCCCUUUAUUGUAGUAUGUGACACUGAAUAUUUCAUCUUUAUCCCUUGAUAGUGCAGUCUUGUCCAUCAAUCUGUAAACUAAUUUUCACUUUUUUUUUGCAUUAAUUAGGACAGUGUUGACCAACUUAUGCAUGAGGUUGCAGAUGAGCACGGGUGAGUCCAUAAAUUCACAAUGAGAAUCAAUUGUCACAUUAUAAAAUCUUUCUCUUUUAGUGGUAAAAACUGACUGUGAUUUUCAUUUUAAAUGUAUAGUUUAGAGGUGAAUAUGGAUCUGCCUCAAACAACACAGCUUGGUGGAGCUUCCACAGCCUCUGUAGAACAGGUAUUGUUGCAAUUUUCUAUACUUGAUAGUUUUUAAUACUGAUCAACUCACAUCAUUCCCCUUUCAUUCUUCUACAUUAUGUCAUUAUCAGUACAGUGCUGUAAUAUUAAGAUUGUUUACAUAUUCUAACCAUCCAUUCAGUUAUAUAUGUUUGUUUGUGAUGUUGUCUUUGAGUGUGUCCACACCCUGGGUUCAAUUCCCACUGCAGUCAAGUAAACUUUUUGGCUCUGGUGUGGGUUUCCAGAGACAACAUCAGAGACAACAUCAUCACAAACAAUGAAACAUAUAUCUUCACCUGAGUGCAUAACACCAGGAACACAAAAAAUUCAAGAUCCCUUCAGUUUUUAACCCAUUAAGUUGCAUUGUGCCCUAAUGCACCCUACUUUAUUAUUUUACUCUGUCCAAUGCCAGACCAUUUUACUUGUCAAAAGGAAGGCACUGAUGCUCAAUGGAAUUCCAUCUUGUUUUGUCAUUUCUUCAGUUUUUAAGAACUACUACUCCUCAAGAUAUUUCAUCAAAUUAUUUAUUUCCUAGGACGAACUAAGUCAAAGGCUAGCCAAACUAAGACAGUGA